AUGGUCGACUUCAAUGAGAGCGAGGGCGAGCCGGCUUUCUUGGUUGUGAGAUCAACAAAGGGCGUCUGGUUCGCCAACCCCCACGUGUUCCAUCGGAGCCUCGCAAAGGUGCCAAUCAGCUUUUGUUUCGCGGAGGGGGCCCAGGUUCAGACCAAGGUCGGUGGCUACUUCGCUUCCAGUGCGGAGUAUGAGGAGUGGUAUCAGCGCCGCCGCGCGAGCCUGACGCUGCCGCCUUCGCUCGGAGCUGAGGCGUGCGGCGUCAAGAACAACGUCGUCGGCAUCACCGAGUGGACGACCCCCUCAAAGUCGCGCCGCAACAACAAGCGCAACGAGCGCAAGGAGGCGUCCGCCCCGAUCGACUGCGGCAACGGGUUCGGGGCCCUGCUCGGGUCGGGCGGCAACGAGGGCAUUGUCGGUGGCAAGGCGGCGUCCAAGGCGACCCGCGGAUCCACGCCGUCGGCCGCAAACUCGGGCGCGACGGUCAAGCCCAAGACCCCCAAGACGGUCAACAAGACGGUCGACCCCAAGACGACCACGACUUCCACGCCGAAGGGCUCCGUCUCCGCCUCCGGCUGGCUCUCGUGGCCCAAGCUCUGCUGGCCGAAGGUGCUCUGCAUCAUCUGCACCUGCCUCAUCGCCGCGAGCGGCGGCGCCUUCGCCUACUUCUCGCACGUCUCCGACGGGCUUCUCCCUUCGGUCGUUGCGCCCAGUUCGGCUGCGCCCGGGUUCGAACGUCACGCCGGCUUCUGCGACGUAAACGGCGGCAACUGCCAGGAGGAGUACAGGGGCUUCGGCGAGAGCGUCGAACUGUGUGAGCUGCGCUGCCUGGAGUUCCCGGCUGGCGCCAGGGCCUGCACCGCCGUCGAGUACUGGUACCUCACGAGGCGCUUGCCGAUGUGCAAGCUGUUCAUAUGCGAGGGCGACAUCACGCGCGCGUUGAAGGCGCCGGCGAACAACGUCGAGUGCCUCGUCAAGACCGAGAGUUCGAACGUGGCAUUGCGCUCGAACGUGGCAUUGCGCUCGAGCUUUGGUGGUGCCGGCGGCGGCGCCUCGCCCUCGACGAUCGACACCUCCGACGGCCUCACCACCACGCUCGCAGGCUCGGGGACGGACGGCUCCGCCGACGGCACGGGCACCGCCGCGAGCUUCCGUAGCCCGUUCGGCGUGGCGGUGUCGUCCGACGGCGGGACGCUCUACGUGGCGGAUUCCAACAACCACCUCAUCCGCAAGAUCGACACCUCCGACGGCGCCACCACCACGCUCGCAGGCUCGGGGACGGGCACCUUCGCCGACGGCACGGGCACCGCCGCGAGCUUCAAUCUCCCGUGGGGCGUGGCGGUGUCGCCCGACGGCAUGACCGUCUACUGGAGCGAGGAUGCGCAGAUCGACAGCCUCUCCAACUUGAUGUGCCUUGAACACACGCUCCGCUGCCGUCGCCCCUCAUGUUUCGAGACGCUCGCGUCAGGGUGA